GACACGGUGAUGAUAUUUAAAAAUAUGAAUUGAUCGAAAUGAGUGCACUUGAUAAUGAAAAUUGACUGAAUUUAUAUUGUUAACGAAAUUUGAUUGUCUCAAUUGAAAUAAUAUUCUUAAGUUCGCACUGUUUGACGAAACGGAUAAUUUUUCAAAUUGGAAUUCUAUGAGGGAUCAUGUCGAUCGGAAUGGUGUAUUAUAGUUCUUAAAGCUCAUAAAAUGUGAUAUAUUUAUUUCUCCAAGCUCUCAGAUCACUUUUCCCAAGGCAAAAUCGGUUUUUUGUUAUCGAGAUUUUUUUUUUAUCCAUUCUGUCGAAGUCUUUCUUCAAUUCAUUACAUUUUAACCUACCUGUCUGCCCGAUCACAUAUUUAUUUAUUUUUUGUAUAUCUAUAUAUCUAUAUAUAAUACAUAUGUUCUCAUUGUGCGUGUUAUAUAUUUUCGAUCAAAAAAUUCUUGUGGAGACAGAUUCCGCGAAUCGAUUUCUGAGAAAGUUAACAUACGAGUCAAGUGAAACAGUGCGGCAAAAAAAGACAGAGUUCAAAGCAGAAUUCUGAAGAAUGAAAAAAAAAAUGAAAUAAAUCGAUAAAUAAUAAAUAAAAAAAAAAAAUUGGAACAGAUUAAUGUUAAGCAAAUAAAAAUUAUUAAAUGACACAAUCAAAAUUCUGAAAUAUAUUUCAGACAAAUGGGCGCUGAUUUUUAAACUACAUUUUGAGCGUAGAUACAAGAAGGAAAAAAAAUCCUCCUAUGUUCGUCGAUCAAUCGUGUUUUUAACUAUUCUUUUUGCUGGCGUGAACUUGCAAAUUGAUAAAUAACAAUUGUGUACAACAACAAUAUUUUGUAGCCAAUCAGAUAGAAGAAUUUGUUGAUUUUUGAUACCACCUGAGUAUAUUGGAAGUAUAUAACCAAUUUGGAAGAAAGAAGAAAAAAAAACGUUACUGUGUUACAUGAGUAUACAAAAUAUACAGAAAAAGUGAAUGAACGUUGGAUUUGAUUACGAGAUUUAAAAAAAAGAAGAAAAAAAUUAAUUGAAUAGGAUCAUUGACACUAUUUUAUCCGCAUUACCGUGGUGGAAUAUAUAUUUUAGGAUAUUUUUGUACCGCAUAUGCACAAAGUGGAUAAUCACACUGCAACCGCUGGCCAUAAAUCAGCCAAUAUUCAAAAACAACCAACGAAAUUCCAACAUAGCUCGACAAUGUGGAGUUCUCAAAAGGGUCCUACAAGGUUGUGGGACCUCAGAUCUUAUGUUAUUGUUUUUAGUUGUACGAUAAGUUUAGUAUUAGCUGGUAAUGAAAUAUGGCCAUUGGACAGGCCGGAUGGUAUGCCUACGAUAAGUUCGUUAGAGGUUAUGUGCGGUAAAGAUCACAUGGAUGUUCAUUUAUCAUUUUCUCAACCGUUUGAAGGAAUCGUUAGUUCGAAAGGUCAACACAGUGAUCCCAGAUGUGUAUAUGUGCCACCAUCUACUGGCAAGACAUUUUUCUCAUUUCGGAUAGCAUAUGCAAGAUGUGGAACAAAACCUGAUUUACACGGUCAAUUCUACGAAAAUACGGUUGUUGUACAAUACGACAAAGACCUCCUAGAAGUCUGGGACGAGGCGAAGCGCUUGCGAUGCGAAUGGUUUAACGAUUACGAGAAAACAGCAUCGAAACCACCGAUGGUCAUUGCUGAUUUAGACGUUAUUCAACUCGACUUCCGAGGUGAUAAUGUUGAUUGCUGGAUGGAAAUUCAACACGGUAAAGGACCAUGGGCACCACCGGUCAGUGGAAUCGUUCCUCUUGGAUCGACUUUGACAUUGGUUGUGGCAAUAAAUGAUUAUAGAGGUGAAUUCGACAUGAGAGUAAAAUCAUGCGCCGCAUCCGAUGGAGCUGGUCAUGUCAUCAAAUUGUCCGACGAAUACGGUUGCGUUUUGCGUCCGAAAAUGAUAUCGAGAUUUUUGAAAGCCCGAGCACCCAAUGAAAAAGCAACCGUCAUCACGUAUGCCUUCUUCCAUGCAUUCAAAUUCCCUGACGCGUUGAGUGUGCACAUCAAAUGCAAGGUUGAGAUCUGUCGUCAUGGCUGUUUGGACCAUUGUCAGGUGACUGGCAACAUUCAUGAACGCAAGGACAAUCUUUUCGCGAAGCCGAAUGAAAAUCAUGAAACGAACGAAAUAACAGAUGAACAUGAUGAUGUGCAUGAUGAGGACGAAUCGGCUCAAGAGCAUGACGUGUUCUAUGAUGACAUCAUACACAAUGGCGAUGAAAUGGCAUCGAUCGGAGGUAUUGGGGCGAAUGAAAACGAUGGCAAACACGACCACCGGAAGGUACCAGAAGUGCACGAAGACCAGGAGGAUGUACCCAACGAUCAACCAACACAGGAAAUGUUGAAAUCAAACUUUUUGGAUUCGAAGAAGAACUCCGACGAACAAUUUCCCCAUGGUCCACGAUUUUUGGAAGGUAAAGAUCGUAUGGGCAUACCAGUGGCCGGUCCCAGAUCACUCGAUCUGAGCAAAGACGAUGUGCGUCCCGUUUACGUACGCGAAAAUGAGACAAACGGUAAACCAAUCAAAAGAAAGAAGCGUUCCAUUGUCAUCACGGAUCGAAAAGUGCGCAGCGCCGAUGUCGGCGUCAGCGGUCUGUACGACGUCAUAUCGGAAGCGGAUCUGGCAUUCAGUCCGGACACCAAACAAGAGGCGGUGACCGUAUUCCAGGGCAAAAUAACGGAAGAAGUGGUUUAUGGCAUAUGUAUGCCGGUACCCGGGUUCAGUGUUUUAUUCAUUGUGGUUGCAUCGGCAGCAAUUGUGUCAGCGUUGAUAGCAGGCUCGCUACUGUAUCGAUACCAGUUGCAGAAGGAGGCAUUCGCAAUGCAGAAAAAUGUACAGAGCAAUAUUAGUCCAAAUACGAUUACGUCAUGGAUGACGUUAAGACUUUUUAAGCUGCGACAAAGCACUAGUGAGACGGAAGCUCAAUCGCAAUAGAAUUUUAUAUUCGACAGAAGAUUAAACGGAAAUGAAAAACGGAAAAAAAAUAAUUGUAAAUUGGUUUCAGUUGAAGAUGGACUCUAAUGUUUUGGAACUUAGUCAGUCGAUUUUUAAAUUAUAAUUUCAAAAUAACGAGUCGAUUGCCCAUCUCAUAUACAUGAGUACACAUUUCCAUGUGUCGUAUCUAUUUAAAAAAAAAAAUGUUCCCGGAAAAAUCGCCCUUUCGGCCUUUCAUUUACCUUUUCAUUUAACUUUUUUUAUAGCAAAUUUUAAUCCAAAUGAACAAAAUCAAUUAAACGACCGAAAAAAAACUUUUGUUUAAUGAAAAUAAAAAUUUAGUUAAAUUUAGCGUUAGCAUGGUAUAGUAACAUUAGCUUAAUUAAGAGAAAUUAAAUUAAAUUAAAGCAAUUUUAUCUUAUAGAAAUAUUUAUUUAUAUACUCUCAAGGUAUAUAACAAUUUGUUGGAACAGUAAAUGCGUCGAACGGCAAUGAUAUCAAUUCACACCGUGGAAAGUGGGUUCCAACUUCCAAAGUGAACAAAAAAUUGGUCAACACAAUUCAGUUUUGUUUAUUCAUCACCUUCAUCCACACCAUCCAUUUCAAUUGAUUUUCAGUUGAUUUUUCUCUUCUUCUUUUCGUUCAUUCUCGUUCACUUGUUCAUGCAUUCACUUCCAUAUAAAAAUAUAUUUAUUCAAAAUUAGAGAGGCUACCACUUACACGACGUGUGUUUUGAAUUGAAUUUGAUCCAAUUUUUCAACAUUGAUUGUUUCAACGAAUUUCCUAUAUUUUGGAAUUAUAUUUACUCGUUAGUUCGUUAAAUAUAAUUUUGUAAAGAUUCAGCACAAAAAAAUGGAAAGAAAUUCUAAUGAAAAUUUAUUUAUUGACAGAUCAAUUAAAUUAUUGUUUAAAACGAGACGAUUUUUAUUAUAAUUUUUUUGUGUGUUAAAUUUAAGGAAUUAAAUUAAAUUAAAAUGAAUGCAACACGUUGAUUA